UGUCCAGAGCCGAACCUCAGCGCGGCUGCGCAGCGCAUGUGCGCAUCCUCGCCGGGCUCCCGGCGAUUGGCUGUGACGUAACUUCCGGCGUGAGAGGCGAAAGCCGGGAGGGCGAGCGAGAGAGGGAGCAGGCGGCACGCACAGGCGGCGGGCGGGCGGGCGAACGGACGGACGGCCGGCACGAAGGGAGGGAGCGAGAGAGCAGUGAGUGAGCCAGCGAGGGCGGCUGCGUCCCGAAAGCAGCCGACAUUCCCGCCUGCCUCUGACGCCCUCCCCGGAGCCCACAGCGCCUCCGGUCUCCAGCGGAGCGGACACGGCCCGGCCCGGCCAUGGCCUCGUUGCUGAAGGUGGAUCAGGAAGUGAAGCUCAAGGUUGAUUCUUUCAGGGAGCGGAUCACAAGUGAGGCAGAAGACUUGGUGGCAAAUUUUUUCCCAAAGAAAUUGUUAGAACUUGAUAGUUUUUUGAAGGAACCAAUCCUAAACAUCCAUGACCUAACUCAGAUCCACUCAGACAUGAAUCUCCCAGUCCCUGACCCCAUUCUUCUCACCAAUAGCCAUGAUGGACUGGACGGUCCCACUUACAAGAAGCGAAGAUUGGAUGAAUGCGAAGAGGCCUUCCAGGGAACCAAGGUGUUCGUGAUGCCCAAUGGGAUGCUAAAAAGCAACCAGCAGCUGGUGGACAUUAUUGAAAAAGUGAAGCCUGAGAUCCGGCUGCUGAUCGAGAAAUGCAACACGGUCAAAAUGUGGGUACAACUUCUGAUUCCUAGGAUAGAAGAUGGGAACAACUUUGGGGUGUCCAUUCAGGAGGAGACAGUUGCAGAACUAAGAACUGUUGAGAGUGAAGCUGCAUCUUAUCUGGACCAGAUAUCUAGAUAUUAUAUUACAAGAGCCAAAUUGGUUUCUAAAAUAGCUAAAUAUCCCCAUGUGGAGGACUAUCGCCGCACCGUGACAGAGAUUGAUGAGAAAGAAUAUAUCAGCCUUCGGCUCAUCAUAUCAGAGCUAAGGAAUCAAUAUGUCACUCUACAUGACAUGAUCCUGAAAAAUAUCGAGAAGAUCAAACGGCCCCGGAGCAGCAAUGCAGAGACACUGUACUGAGGCCAGGGCCAGGGCCAGGGGACUCUGUGAGUCUGGCUCAAGACCGACAUUGCCUUGGUUUGUUACAUGACUAUCGUGAUGGGGAAACUGGCUGGAAGUAGUAAUCACACCUCUCUCUGUUUUUAGUUAGAGUCUAAUGAAACUCUCAUGUAGUUCUGUGACGUGUUUACCUCUUUUUUCAGGCCUCAGGAACUCUUCUAUUUCCUUCCCUAAUACCCCACGCCCCCCGUCCUAAUUUCUGGAGACCUCCAGGUUUGUGUGCACAGGAUGUUGGCACAAGAAUACUUGUGUUUUUUCUCCCUGGCUCCCUCCUGUGUCUUGGGCUUUGUAUUUUCUUCCUCUUGAUGAUUAGUUGGUUAGAAGCUGAGGGAACUGGAAGGAGAGUGCUAGGUGUUUUGUAGGAACUGGGGCGGGGUGGGGGGGACCAGCUCCUUUCUUCCUGAUGGGAGGUUAGUGUCCCUUGACACUGUGGGACGUUGCAUCCUCCCUGCCACAGUUGCCCUGGUGAUGACUUUGGGUACACCUUAGACCUUCUGCCAAGUCCCUAGCUGCUUCAGAUGUUUUUAUAACUAGGAUUUUCACAUACACAUAUGUGCGUGAUAUACACACACGUACACACAUGCAGCACACACAUGCCUUCCUACUCUGUUACUUGAUGCCCUCCCCUCCCCCCAGCCCUGCCCACCCCCCAAACCCUGUCUCUGUCACACUCACACACACACACACACACACACACACACACACACCACCCCCCCACCCCCCGUUCAGAAGGUGUUAGGUGUCUUAGUCCUCAUCCACCAGGGCCCAUUGUCUCCUGAUAUUGUAGCCUCUUGGUGCCCGAGGCUGGUGAGUUGGAGGACAACUGAGAGAUGAGAAGCAGGGGUAGUGGGUUCCCCUUCCUCUGUGACUCGGGUCCUUUGGGGCAUUUUUGCAAAGGCUGGUCCUCUGAAUCCCGGUUUCCUCUUCCCAGGCCAGUUGUAAAUUGGGGUGGGGGUGUCUGCAGCUGUGAGGCCAGAUGCUGCUGCUCCUACUGGGUUUUCCCUUUGGGAAAAAUGUUUUCUUAUUUAUAGUUUUGUGCUUCCAGGGAAAGCGGUCACUUGUGUGUAUAUGUGUGUGCAUGCACACACAUGCAUGUACACAUUGUGUGUAUGUGGAAAUCUGCUGGGCAAGUCAAAACCAUAGAAGAGUUGCCUCUUAUCUCUCAAAUCUUCCAGAGAUGUCACUUGUUACAGCUUUUGUGUUAACCCUCAUCAACCCCCACUUUUAUUCUACCACUACUGGAGAGUCUGCUGGUGAUUCUCUGUGUCUGUUUCUGACUUUUAUUCUACCCCCGUCUCUGUCUUCCAACCCCCAAUCAUAUUUCCAUCUGGAUGCAUCAUUUUUCCUCCCAGUAUGCUAUAGAGAAGGAGUUAGGAUGCUGUCUUCCCAUGAAUAGUACUCAGUAACAAACCAAUUGCAUUUUAGUUGGGCAAUGCCCCUAGCCACCCUCAGACCCCUUCCAGCUAAAACUGUUCCGUCCUCCCACCAUGUGUUUCUCAGUUUCCCUUUUUGUUUGUUGGAUUGUUCCCAUGUCCCUCCUCCUCACCUUACCACCCUUGGAUCGUAAUGUAAAAUUCUUUUACCAUGUCAAGAAAUUAUUAAAAAUACAGGUACUUUGACCUCUUUCUAAAGCUGCAGACCCUGGUGCGAUGCUCUGAUGGCCAGGGACAUACCCACACUUACAUGUGUGCACAUUGGGACACCCACCUCCGCAUAUACCUCCAGCCACCCUAUUGGGUGUCUUUAUACCAACUGAGCUGCCUCUUUUCUCUGGAAUAAUGGAAAGGCUGAGGCUUCUGCCUACCAAGAGGCAAGGGUGGGUCCUUCAUUUGUCUUCAGUCUGAAUUAAAUGAAAGUUAGCUCUUCCCAAACCUAAGCUGCCUUCUACCCUCACAAGAUCCCAGCUCCUGCCUUCCUUCCUUCCUUCCUUCCUUCCCCAGUGAUACCCAUGAACUGCCAGUAGAGGCUGCUCUAGUUCCGUGUGUGGGGAAUUACCUGGUUCAAGGCACACCCGACCCCGUCAUUUUCUUUGCUCUAUACUAAAAGUUCCAUCUGAAUAAUGUCUUAAGUUUCUUGCGGAGAUGCCAGGGACUUCUGGUUUUUGGUUUUCAAAUGAAUUGGAGGGCUAUCUAGGACCUUAGCUCCCUCUGAAAUAAAGUUUCCUUAACUUCCA